CGUUUUGCACGCGACUACAUCUUGUAUUUGUACUCGUUAUGCUCGUCGAGAGAUGUAGACUCUAUUUAUGUUUCAUUUAUCUUCAUCAUCCUGGCUUGUUUCUUCCUAUCCGGAGUCGCCGCGGUUUUAACGCCCAACAACCACGUACAGAAACAAAUCAUCUUAUAUGCUCAGGAGCCUCACUUGAUCAAAUUUGGAAACUAGAAGACUGAAUUGAGUCUUGGGGUUUAUUACCCUUCGAUCGCGUAUUCAUUCCCGAUCUAGUUAGGUAUGGUCAUUGUAUCGAAUCACAUUGAUAAAAGCACCUUCAUGAUACUCUGGAUAUCAUUCCUCUCAGCAGACUUAGGUAUGCCAAUCACUUGCAUCGCUGCAUGGGACUAUCAUAGUAUAAACUAUCAUUGCAUGGGAGUGAAUUCUAUGUCCAUCUAAUCCGCCAGGAGCUCUGUCAAUUGUCUCGCAAUGUACUCACACGGAACUCACCUAUUGCCCAUCUAGGAGUAUUCAUCACGACACAAAUUGAUUGUGGUCGACGGCAUCUUUCCACUACACUCCAGUCAUCCGCAUCCAGAGUCGCUUAUGAUUGGGCUUAUACCUCCACUUAUAACUACCGUGCUUAUUCACUAUAUAAUCUCCGGUCUCUCC